UCUGAAUUGGUGUAUGGACAUAAAAAGGCGAAACAACCAUGUUAGGGAUGGCAGAGGAAAUGAAUGCACUUGUAGCUUUUGUGGAGGCCGUGAAGAUCUCACACAGAAACCAGAAGGAUUUGAUCCUUUUCCUACUCUUCGUACUUACACCUCUCAACCUUCUCAAGAUGCUUUCUGAUCACCAUCUCCCUCCAACUCUAGUCAUUGAUCUCUUUCCCACUCAGCCCACCAAUCCAACUACCAAAUUGGAACUAAACUUCGUGAGUUUGGUCCUUGCGACUCUCUCAACACUAUCUAUCGCUUACUUCUCAGCCAUGGUUUGUUCUGGAGAGAAGGCAACACUCGAAGCCAUGUUUCUGAAAGUCAGAAGAACAUGGUGGAGGCCUGCAGCCACCCUUAUCUAUGUCAUUAUCUUGGUGUCAUUGCCCUCCGCUGUGUUCUUGUUGAUGCUAAAAAUGCCCUCUGCUGGCUUGAUUGAAAAACUAGGUUUCCUUCCCAUGUUUGUGAUGAUAAUUCUCUUCUCUGUGUUCAUGAUACUAUGGGUUUUAUGUCUGAGUUUUGCACAUAGAUGGGGGCUUGUGAAUUCUAUAACGGAAGAAGGUUGUUAUGGGAUGGAAGCCAUUCGGAGGAGUUGGGACUUCAUGAGACAAAGGAAACUUCAGGUGUUCCUUCUUGUAUUGCUUUCUUUGCCUCAGGAAUUGGUGGUUUUAAAGGUGAGUUCUUAUUUGAAGACUGGCGAGUUGAUCCAAAUAGCAUGGGCACUUCCUCUGUAUCUCAUUGGAGCAAUCUAUGAUUCACUUGUGUACACAGUUUUUUACUGCUACAACAAUUAGAGUCAUCACAUUACUGUUGUAUCUUCAAUCCAUUUCCAUUAAUAAAAAUUGUGCCACACAUUGUUGAAUACA